UGCUCGCUUGUGUCGUGUGCAUGAAUUUAUUUUUAGUAAAAUUAUUAGCAGCUGCUCAUCGUUACUUCAACAUCAUGAAUUUCAACUUUAUUUAUAUUAGACAAAGACAGUAGUCUUAUUAUAACAACAACUGCAUAAUUAGUGUAUACAUAGGAAAAUGAUGGUAAAGGCAAGUGUCCCAUCAACGAUUGAAGCAAGGAAAGAGUUGGAUGUGAUGUAGUAGAAGAGGCGGUCAAAAGGGAAUUGAUGCAUUCAAUGAGCCAAAUCAUGCAAUGUCACAACCUCAUACCAACAGCUGUUGCAAUUUCCUCCUAUACUCUUUUCUAUUUCUUUCAUUUCAAUUUUCAACUCUUCAUUAAUUCACCUAAUUUUUAUUUACUACCCACCCAAAAACACAUCAACAACACUAUAAUAAUUAAGAAUUGAUCUUUUAAUUUCCUUGCUUAUUUUUCAUCUUCAUCAUCAUCUGAAUACAUACAUCUUUUCUGAAUCUUCCCUUUUUCUUUUCUGGUCUGAGAUGAUGUGAUCCGUCCUGGCAGAUAACAUUUAUUACACACAUGUCCCGUGUUCCAAUUCCAUGUGUGAUGAUAACAUCUGAUCCCAAGGACAAACUACAAACCAAAUCUCAAAUUAGAAACGGCAAGGAAAAACAAGUUGGUAGCAGUAUUUCUUUCUUCUUUUAAUUUUCUUUGUGUUUCUGGGCCGGGUGGAUACUACUACUACUGCUACUGAGCAAUGGAUGAUGAGGGGUCAAGAACCCCAUUGUUGCAAACAAAUCUCAAAAACCAAACACGUAGUACUAGGAAUUCUGUCAAUGCUCUGAAAUGUGAUUUCUUGUCUAAGUUGCCUGACAAAGUCAAGACAGGUCUUGAUCCUGAGGCCUCUUCUCAUCUUGAUUUUUCUAAGACAACUGGCUUAGCUGCAGGUGAGAAAGAGUAUUACCAACGACAAUUUGCCACCUUGAGGUCCUUUGAGGAAGUUGAUUCACUUGGUUCACCCAAUCUCAUUGACCAAGACCUAGAUCAUCAAGAACAGGCACAACAUGAAAGAGCUAUGAACAUUUCCAAUUGGGCUAACAUCUUCCUCCUUGCAUUUAAGAUUUACGCUACGAUACAAAGCGGCUCGUUGGCCAUUGCAGCUUCGACGCUGGAUUCUUUACUCGAUCUUAUGGCCGGUGGAAUACUAUGGUUUACCCACUUGUCAAUGAAAACCAUAAACAUUUAUCAAUAUCCUAUUGGGAAAUUGAGAAUGCAACCAGUAGGCAUCAUCAUCUUUGCUGCCGUAAUGGCAACUCUCGGAUUUCAGGUGCUAAUACAGGCUGUAGAACAACUGAUUAAAGCUGAACCUUCAGAGAAGAUGGGAGCAAAUCAACUGUUCUGGCUGUACGUAAUUAUGCUCACAGCAACAGGGGUAAAACUUGUUCUUUGGUUUUACUGCAGAAGCUCUGGAAACAAGAUUGUUCGUGCCUAUGCAAAGGACCAUUAUUUUGACGUGGUGACUAAUGUGGUGGGAUUGGUAGCUGCUGUUCUUGCUGACAAGUUUUACUGGUGGAUUGAUCCUUCUGGUGCUAUAGCUUUAGCCAUAUAUACCAUAACGAAUUGGUCAGGAACUGUGCUGGAAAAUGCAGUUUCACUGGUCGGACAAUCAGCUCCUCCCGAAGUACUUCAGAAACUCACUUAUCUUGUUCUACGUCACGAUCCUAAAAUCAAGCGUGUUGAUACAGUCCGCGCUUACACCUUUGGCGUCCUUUACUUUGUUGAGGUUGACAUAGAGCUUCCGGAGGAUUUGCCAUUGAUCGAAGCACAUGCAAUUGGAGAAUCAUUGCAAAUCAAGAUCGAAGAACUUCCAGAAGUUGAGAGGGCAUUCGUUCAUCUUGAUUACGAGUGUGACCACAAGCCUGAACACACCAUCCUUAGUAAACUUCCAAAUAGUGACCCCUAAAUCAUCAUAGUUAUGACAACCGAAGCGAUCCGAGACCAUCGACUGCUGUUGUAAUGUAAUGUAGUAGUAGCUAGUUAUUUAGUUUAUACGCUUAGAGGAAAAAUAUUAAUGGGAAUGGGAAUUAGAAAAGCCAGCCGGUGGAACACUGAAAGUUAUCACCAUCUGCUUGCUUAUAUAUAUAUAUAGCUUUCAUGAGGAGUUGUGAAUUAGUAGAAAUUGUUGGUGUAGAGUGCAGAAUUUCAGAAGAUGGUCUGUAGCAAAAUUUGCAUGAAAAUUGAGACACAAGAACAACCUUAAUACCAUCGAAAAUAGAUUGGUUGUGGUGUACAUUUAUAAAGCAU